GUUCAGAACACGGCAAAUCUUUGUUCCACUUCCUGACCAAAAUAAAGUCUUUACCUUCUCUGAAAGCUCAGAAUGACAUGAUCAUGUGGAACCUACAGAUGUUUGAGGUGGUGAAGUGUCUUCGAGAGAAAUCCGGUCCUGUAGCUUCAUUUUCUGUGGAUCACAGCAUGUUGGAGGAGAGUGUGCAGGAUAAAGAGAAGGCCGAGCGCAAGAGGAAAGCUGAAGCUGCUAAAGCCCACAGACAGAAGAUCAUGGCUCAGAUGUCGGCCAUGCAGAAGAACUUCAUAGAGUCCAACAAGAUGCUUUAUGACAACGUGCCUGAGAGCUCGAGUCAGAGCGACACCGCCGCGUCUGUGGACAGCUGCAGGAUGGAUGUGGAUGAGAGCAGGGUGGCUGUGGGGCCUCAGCAGGGCGUUUGUUCCACAGACUGGGAGGCUCAAAUCUGCAUCCUAUGUCAGGAGGAGCAGGAGGUUCAGGCUCAGGCACCAGCCAUGGUCCUCACAGCAUGUGUGCAAAGAUCUACUGUUCUCACCCAGAACCGUGGAAAGACACUCUCCCCUAAAGGCAGCUAUCCCCUGUUCAUGCCCCCUGAUCUGGCUGUGGGGACACACACCGGCAGCUGUGGGCAUGUGAUGCACGCCACCUGCUGGCAAAAGUACUUUGAAGCUGUGCAGAACACCACUCGGAAUCGGCUGCAUGCAGAUCUGAUCAUAGACCUGGAGAACGGCGAGUACAUGUGUCCACUCUGCAAGUCCCUCUGUAACACGGUCAUCCCACUGAUCCCUGUGGAGCCCAGCAAGCUUAACUAUGAGAGUGCUGAGUUAGUUGGUCAGCAUCUUACUCUGGAGCGCUGGAUUCAGAUUUUGUCUUCUCGGAUCAGAGGGCUGAGAGGUACAUGGGAAACGG